AUGGCGGACUCGUUCGCAAGUGAGGCGUUCACGCUCCUCUCGUUGGGGAUCGUGAUUAUUGGCUGCAGACUGGCAGCAAGGAUACGCAUGGUCGGAGUCAGGAAGCUGGACUUUGACGACUAUCUGAUGUGCUUCGUUGCGAUCAUUUACGCCCUCGAGACAGCAGCGGCUUACCUCGUCGGGACCCGCUACAUGGGCUUGGCGAACAAUGGCAUGAGCGACGAGGAACGAUCGAUGCUCGAUCCUUCGUCUCACGAAGCAACCCUGCGGAUCGAGGGAUCCAAAACACAAGUCAUCGGCUGGUGCCUCUACACAUUUGUUCUGUGGCUUCUGAAGAUAUGCAUGAACGCAUGUUAUUCGAGAGUGACAUACCAACUCGACUACCUCGAAUACCGCGUUAAAAUCGGCUGGUUCUUGAUCGGCGUCACCUACCUCGUCGUCCUCCUCACCAUCCUCCUCGGCUGCCAGCCCUUCCAGAAGAACUGGCAAAUCUACCCCGAUCCCGGAAACCACUGCCAACCCGCCGUCUCGGAGCUCAACUGCUACGUCGUCCUCUUCCUCAACAUCUUCACCGACAUCUGGCUCAUCUCCAUCCCCGUCCCCAUGCUAUGGAAAUCCCAAAUCCGCCUCAAGCAAAAAAUCGGCCUGACCGUCCUCUUCGGCGCGGGCAUCUUCGUCAUGAUCGCCGGCGUCAUCCGCUGCGUCAUCAUCCUGUCCAACCCCGUCACGGGCGCCAGCCAGGCGGGCAACUGGGCCGUCCGCGAGUCUUUUGUUGCUGUCGUCAUCGGCAACCUGCCCAUGAUCUACCCCGUGCUGCAUCGCGGCGUGCGGCGCUUCGCGUCGAGCUAUGGGAGUAGCGGGUAUAAUUUGUCGGGGAGUGGUGGGGGUGCGGGAGGGUUGGGGGGAAGUAGGCAUGAGAUGGGUGGGGGGAUGGUGGGAGGAGUGGGAGGAGGAGGGGGAGGGAAGUCGAGGAGGGGGACGAGCAGUGCGGCGGCGGCGGGGUUGGUGGCGGGAGGAGGGGCAGGGACUGUGGUGGUUGGGGGGUCGGUGUUGAGGAGUGGUGGGGGUGGGGGUGGAGGCGUGGAGUCGGUGUUGUUGGCGGCGGAGAGUAGGAGGAGGGAGAGCUUCGCGACGGAUGAUAGUCGGGGGAGGAUUGUGGAGCCCGGGUUUGAGAAAGGGGGAGGCGGGACGCAGCGGGUGAUUGAGACGGAUGCGCACACCGAGGACGGCGCGAGUACGAGCGAGAGGGGGAUGAGCUUUUCGCAUGGGUUUGAGGAGAGGCAUUGA